AUGGCUGGCGAACAGAACGGUAGGCCUUCAAGCAGAUCGGCAGACCCACAAGCCGCAGAACAAGCUGCAAAGCAGGAGCGGCCUUAUGUGAUGCUGAAGAAAAACCACUAUGAAUUGUAUGGCAACAUGAAGUUCGAAGGAUUCUGUAUUGAUCUUCUAGCCGAGUUAUCCAGAGAUCUUGGUAAGAUUUUACUUUUCGCUUUCUCGCUUUUUCUGGAGACAAGAUGA